AUGAAACAGAGAGUGGCAGGCGAACAAGGGCAGAUUGUGGCCAUGAGGAAACAAAGGAAAAUAGAUGACCAGGUGCUUAGGCCCCAUGUAUAUAAGCUGUCACUGAAGAGCUAUGCAGGCAGAUCUGUGGGUUGUAAAGGCACUGAUUUGGGAGAGACGUAUUCAGAGCCAGUAGCUGUCAAUUUUGUAAUAUUUUAUCGUAACUUGAUUCUCGCCUCAGUCUGCAGGGAGGCCUCUGUGGGAGAUAUCGUGUUUCUAGUGGACACCAGCAUCAACCCUCAGUAUACCCAGAUCAUGCGGAACUUCUUGUACAUCAUGGUGAACGGCUUCACCGUCAGCAGAGAGACCAUCCGCGUGGGGCUAGCCCAGUACAGCGAUGAGCCCCAUUCCGAGUUCCAGCUUUCCACCUACCGCCACAAAGGCCAUGUGUUGGCCCACAUUCGGAGGUUCCAAUUUAAACCUGGGGACACUGGGGGCAGCAAGAUGGGCCUGGCCCUGCAAUUCCUUCUAGAUCAUCACUUCCAGGAAACAGCGGGGAGCCGGGCAAGCCAGGGUGUGCCUCAGGUCGCCAUGGUGAUCAGCAGCAGCCCAGCUGAGGACAGUGUGCAGGAACCUGCUGAGGCAUUUAGGAGGGCGGGCAUCCUGCUUUAUGCAGUUGGCAUCAGAGAUGCAUCGUUGGCGGAGCUCAGGAAGAUUGCGAGCCGUCCUGUGGAGAAGUUUGUCUCCUUUGUUUCCAACUUCUCUCGCCUGGGCAUUCAUGCCCAGAAGCUGCGGCAGGAACUCUGUAAAACUUUGGUAAAAGCAACUCAAACCGUUGACCACGUCUCUCCAGCUUGCAGAGAAACCAUCCUGGCAGAUAUUGUCUUUCUGGUAGACAGCUCAACCAGCAUUGGACCCCAGAAUUUCCAGAAAGUGAAGAACUUCCUUCGUUCUGUUGUCUUGGGGCUUGACAUCAGCAGUGACCAGGUCCGAGUGGGUCUCGCUCAGUAUAAUGACAACAUCUACCCAGCCUUUCAGCUGAACCAGCACCCUCUGAAGAGUGUGGUCCUGGAGCAGAUCCAGAACCUUCCCUACCGUACAGGAGGCACGAACACAGGGAGCGCCCUGGAGUUUAUCAGGACCAACUACUUGACUGAGGCAGCUGGCAGCCGGGCCAAAGACAGGGUUCCUCAGAUAGUUAUCCUGGUGACAGACGGAGAGUCAAAUGAUGAAGUCCAAGAGGCAGCUGACAGGUUGAAAGAAGAUGGAAUUGUUGUGUACGUGGUCGGGAUCAAUGUCCAGGAUGUCCAGGAGUUGCAAAAAGUGGCCAGCGAGCCAUUUGAGAAAUAUCUCUUCAACAUUGAAAACUUCAACAUCCUGCAGGAUGUCUCAGGAGGCAUUCUUCAGACACUGUGCUCAGCAGUGGAGGGUAAGAGGGAAGGAUCCAUCCCGGCCUCUGCAGAUGUGGUCUUUCUUGCUGACACCUCACAGAACACAUCACGGGCCACUUUCCAGUGGAUGCGGAAUUUCAUCUCCAGAGCGGUUGGCAUGCUGGAUGUUGGCAGGGAUAAGUACCAGAUCGGGCUGGCUCAGUAUGGUGGUCAAGGUCACACUGAAUUUUUGCUCAAUACCUAUCAGACCCAGGAUGAGAUGAUUGUUCACAUCCAUGAACACUUUGUGUUACGGGGUGGCUCCAGGAGAACAGGCAAAGCUCUGCGAUACCUUCAUCAGACCUUCUUCCAGGAGGCAGCGGGAAGCCGGUUUCUCCAGGGCAUCCCCCAGUAUGCAGUGGUCAUUACCUCAGGCAAAUCUGAGGAUGAGGUCUCGGAUGCUGCACAGACAUUGAGGGAGAGAGGCGUCAAAGUCAUGACUGUGGGUGUCCAGGACUUUGACAGAAGAGAACUGGAGAGGAUGGCAUCCCCACCUCUUAUAUAUGAGAUACAAGGAUACGAUGGAGUCAGACAGAUGAUGCAAGAUGUGAACGUGGUGAUCCAAGGGAUUGGGAAUCCCGAGUUCAGGACUGAGCCUGAGAAGGAGGCUGUUGUAGGCUGUGUGUACAUCGAGAAGGCAGAUAUUUACUUCCUUAUUGAUGGGUCUGCCAGCAUCGGACAUGACGAUUUUCUUGAAGUGAAGGCGUUCAUGAAUGAGGUGAUAAAGAUGUUCCAUGUUGGGCCCGACAGAGUACAAUUUGGAGUCGUUCAGUACUCAGAUGGAAUUAAUAGUCAAUUUACCCUCAGCCAGUAUCCCAGUGUGACAAGGCUGAAGGUAGCCAUUGAUGACAUCCAGCAGAGAGGAGGUGGCACCAUGACAGGUCAGGCCUUGAGUAACAUGGCUCAGGUCUUCGCAGACACUGCUCGCCGCAACAUGCCUUGGUAUCUCAUCAUCAUCACUGACGGUAAAUCUGCAGACCCCGUGGCUGAGGCAGCAGAGGCACUGAGGGGAGACGGUGUCAUCAUUUAUGCUAUUGGAGUCAGAAACGCUAACACUGAUGAGCUUAAGGAGAUAGCUAAAGACAAGGUGUUUUUUGUGUACGAGUUUGAUUCCUUGAAGGCUAUCCAACAAGAAGUGGUGCGAGACAUCUGCUCCUCAGAGAUGUGUAAGAAUAGGAAAGCUGACAUUAUCUUCCUGAUAGAUGGUUCAGAAUCCAUCUCCCCAGGAGACUUUGAAAAGAUGAAGGGAUUCAUGAUGAGGAUGGUGGACCAAGCUAAUAUUGGUGAUGAUGAAAUUCAGAUUGGCCUUUUGCAGUUCAGCACAACCACCAAGGCAGAAUUCAGGCUCAACCAAUACUCCUUAAAGGCGGACAUUCACAGGGCCAUCUUGAAUGUUCAGCAAAUGAAAGAUGGCACACACACUGGGGAAGCCUUGAAUUUCACUCGGCCUUUUUUUGACAGUUCAAGAGGAGGGAGACCCAGUGUUCAUCAGUACUUGAUUGUGAUUACAGAUGGGGCCUCCCAGGACAAUGUAGCCAUACCAGCCAAGGCCCUCAGGGACAGAAACAUAGUUGUUUUUGCCAUUGGGGUGGGAGAAGCCAAACGCUCUCAGCUCUUGGAGAUUACUAAUGACGACCGCAAGGUGUACUGUGAAGCAAAUUUUGAGUCUCUGCAGAAUCUGGAGAAGGAAAUUCUUUAUGAGGUCUGCAUUCCACAAGGAUGCAGCAUUGACUUGUCUGUAGGAAUUGAUAUCUCCAGUCCCACAAGGCAAAUUCAGAAGCUUCAAGGGUUACUGCCAGAGCUGAUGCAACAGUUGGCCUUGCUUUCUAACAUCAGCUGUAGCGUUCCUGGUCAGAGCAACAUAAUGUUUCGCUACCUGGUUCCUGGCUCAAAUGGUCAGGCUAUCUUUGACUCAGGCUUUGGGGAGUAUAGUGAUCAGACCAUUCAGACAUUCUUGGUUCAUCAGGCUGCCAGGAGCAACCACAUGGACGUGGAAUUUUUGCAGUUCCUGGGCAAUAACGCUAUCCGCCUCUCUUCUGCUAAAGUGAAGGUCCUUUUGGUGUUUACUGAUGGACUGGAUGAUGAUUUAGAGAGACUGAAGGACGCAUCUGAGCUUCUCCGAGGCAAAGGAUUCUCUGGACUCCUCAUUAUUGGCUUGGAAGGUGUGCAUAAAUUAGAAGAGCUUCAGGAGCUAGAAUUUGGCAGAGGAUUUGCAUAUAAUCAACCUCUGAGCAUCACACAGCAGUCCCUCCCAAGCAUCUUACUGAAGCAACUUGACACAGUUGUAGAAAGAACAUGCUGCAAUAUGUAUGCAAAGUGUCUUGGAGAACGUGGGCACAGAGGUGAUGGUGGGAGCCCUGGGAGGAAGGGACAGAAGGGUUCUGGUGGAUUACCUGGUCAUCCUGGUGAAGAAGGUGGACAUGGUACUCGUGGAAUCCCAGGGUCAUCUGGAGAAAAAGGAAAUCGGGGAAAUCGGGGAUUGACGGGACCACCUGGACAGCCUGGAGAGCUUGGAGAGCCUGGGUUAAGGGGAGACCCUGGGGAUCCCGGAAUUGAUAGUUACAUCCGAGGCCCUAAGGGAGAAAAUGGAAGGCGUGGACAUCAGGGAUAUUCUGGUUUUGAUGGACCUCAUGGAGAAACCGGAAAUGUUGGCCCUCAGGGAUCAAGAGGAAGACGAGGUCUACCAGGAUUGCAGGGUGUGCGUGGAGAACCUGGUGAACGAGGUUACCAAGGAGAGUUUGGAUAUCCAGGCCCACAGGGACCAAAAGGAAGGCAAGGACCACCAGGAACUUUUGGACAGAAAGGCUUACGGGGUGUUCAGGGGAAUCCUGGGCCUCCAGGGACACAAGGUUCAAAAGGAAAAACUGGACCAAGGGGAAGGAAGGGAGAUUAUGGUAAUGCCGGAGAAAAAGGCCCGUGGGGUCAGCAAGGACCAAGAGGGCAACCUGGUCAUUUUGGUCCCGAUGGAUAUGGACAUCCAGGAAGAAAAGGAACAAAGGGUCAACCUGGAUUUCCUGGCUAUCCUGGCACAAAAGGAGAAGAUGGUAACCCAGGCCAUCGAGGAGAGAAGGGGACAAAGGGAAUCAGAGGGAAGAGGGGUAAUUCUGGCUUUCCUGGAUUUGUUGGAACUCCAGGUGACCAAGGCCCUCCAGGACAAAGGGGUAUCAAGGGCCCCAAAGGCAUGAUAGAUAUGACGCCUUGUGAAAUUGUUAACUUCACACGAGAAAACUGCCCUUGUUCAAGAGGUGUUUCCAAAUGCCCCGCGUUUCCUACUGAAGUGGUCUUUGCGUUGGACAUGUCAAAUGAUGUCACUCCAUUGGAUUUUGAGAGGAUGAGAGACAUUUUAUUGUCUCUGUUGAUGACGAUGGAAAUAAGUGAAAGUAACUGCCCAACGGGUGCUCGAGUGGCCAUAAUUUCGUACAACUACAAAGUAGAUUACCUGAUUCGCUUCUCGGACUACAAGGGGAAGCCUGCUCUCCUGCACGCAGCCAGUAAAAUCCCCCUGGAAAAGUCCUCUGGCAGCAGGAACCUUGGGGAUGCCAUGAGGUUUGUGGCAAGACACGUAUUUAAACGUGUGCGCUCGGGCCUUCUCCUGAGGAAAGUGGCUGUGUUCUUUGAGGUGGGCCCGACCCGUGAUGCACGUUCCAUCAACACCGCCGCACUGGAGUUCAGCGCGCUGGGCAUCAUCCCUGUCGUCAUCGCCUUCACAGAGCAGCACAACCUCCCACACGCCCUGUUGAUGGAUGAAACCAACAGAUUUCACCUAUUUGUCUGGGAGACAGAGAGCUACCAGGAUGUGGAGUACAUGGCCCUCUGUACUCUCUGCUAUGACAGGUGCCGGCCGGACCCACAGUGCAGGUCGGGCACGCCUGGUCCCCUGGCGGUAGACGUGGACGUGGCGUUCAUGGUGGACAGCUCCCACAGCGUUGGCGCCGAUGUGUACCACGCUUCCUUGAGUAUAGUGGGUGCCACGCUCGACAACAUGGAAAUUGCUGCGCAGCCAAACGUGUCCCUCCGUGGGGCGCGCGCGGCCCUGGGGAUGCACACGACUCCAGGCUUCUGGCCUGGCACGGGACAACCCCCUGUGCUCCAGGGUUUCCUCCUGACCUCCUAUGGCCACCGGAUACAGAUGCAGAGACACAUCCACAAGGUUGCGGGCCGCCCCCUGCAGGGAGCCCCUGCCCUGGGCCACGCCCUGGAAUGGACACUAGAGAAGGUGCUCCUCGCAGCCCCGCUGCCCAGGAGAGCACAGGUUCUCUUCGCCAUCGUGGCCAGUGAGACCAGCAGCUGGGACCGGGAGAAGCUAAGGACUCUGUCCCUAGAGGCCAAGUGCAAGGGCAUCACUCUGUUUGUCCUGGCCUUGGGCCCGGGCGUGGGGACUCAUGAGCUGGCUGAGCUGGCCCAAGUGGCCAGCACCCCAUCUGAGCAGCACCUGCUACGCCUGGAGGGGAUCUCAGACGCAGAGGUGGCUUAUGCCCGGGGCUUCGUGCGGGCCUUCCUGAACCUCCUAAAAAGUGGAACAAACAAGUACCCACCCCCAGAGCUCAUUAAAGAAUGUGGUGGCCCAAACCGAGGGGACACUCUGCUGCAACCACUUAGGCUUAUCAAGAGGUUGCCCAAGAGCCAGCGUGGCAUAUCUGGCUUUGCUGAUGACUUGGAACCAUUUCAAGCAACAGACAUUUUUCUAGAGAACAGAACAGCCAUGAUGACAGCUGUAACUCAGCAAGAAGCACUUGGAAGUUAUGAAAAGAAUCGAUUUGCCGCUGAAGAAAAAGAACAAGAAAUGCCUGCAAAACAAAAAGAAAAGAGAAAAGAAAUAAAGUCAGGUCCUUGUUUUAUGGAUCCAAUGGGAGGCGAGUGCCAGGAGUACAUCCUGAAAUGGUACUAUAACAAGGAGAAACAGGCUUGCCAACAGUUCUGGUAUGGCAGCUGCGGGGGCAACGCCAACCGGUUCGAAACCAAGGAAGAAUGUGAGCAUUGGUGUGGCCCAACACCCCUAUAAAGUCAGACAGAACCUCAUUUACUGCUUCCUCUGUUUUAAUAGCUGAUGAAACCAAGAUUACCUUUCCUGAGACAGUGCCACAUGUCUCAUAAGUGGUGAAGCCCACUCUAUAAUCUCAGAGGUCAGAUUCCUAACCUCCUGAGGUUUUUCCUGCCUGUGAAUGCUUGGGUCAAAUGAUUUGUGAAUUGAGAAGAACUGUAUUCUAGUAGUUUAAAAAAGUAAUGGAGACUUGCCUGAAAGUUGCUUAAAUAAUUUAGAACUGAAUAAAAAAGACAUUUGAACUUGACCUAUAAACUUUAAUUUAAUUAUUAUUAUUAUUUUUUGGCUAUGUAGCAAAAGAAAAAUCAAUGUAAGCAAGUGAGUAAAACCGAAUUAGGAAGUGAGUUGAAACUUGAUUUCUUUUUUUACCACAAGAACCUGGAAGUAUUAGUCAAAGCAGGGGUCUGAAAAAGGGGACACCUAAUGUGAAAUUUCAUCCUUACUACCUAGUGUGAA